AUGAAUAGUCAUCUUUUUCCAUGUUGUUUCACAGUCAAAACAACUCAACUUCCUCUUCAUAUUAUAGAAUUUCAUUCAAGUUUUUCUCAAUAUUUAUCUGUGGUUGAUAUUGAUGAACAAGAAUUUGAAAAAAUAUACUUAAACUGUCAAAAAAAAGAAAUUACUUCACAUGGGUUAUUAGGAGCAUUUAAGUCAGCAUUAAAAGAAGUACCUACUCAGUCAAUUGAAAUUAUGUCAUUACUUCCAUUUAUUAAUGCAAAUGAUUUUAUUAUAGUUUCAAUUACUCCAGAACAAUCAAAUAAAAUUCUUUUACAACAAAUUCAAAAAAAACUAGAACAAAGUGAUUAUUUCUCUUCAUGUUGUAUUGAAGUAUUUAAUAACUUUCAAUUUAUAUCUACAUCAUCAUCUUUAGUUAAAUUAAGUGUUGUUGAAAGUUCAUCUUGUAUUUCUUUAUUACAGUUAUUAUCAAAUAUUACUGAAGAAUUAAGAAAAAAUGAAAUACUUUCACGUUAUGUAUAUGUAUUACAGAAACUGAUUCAACAUGUUAUUCCAUCAUGUUCUUUAUUUUAUUCUAUAUCAUUUGUUGUUCAUUUUAUUAAAUGGAUUAAAAUAAAUAAAGAUAUCACUAAAAUUCCAUCAUAUUUAAGUCUUAAAACAACUGCAUUAGAGUUUUGUCAUUUAAAAGAAUUACUUCCACAAGAAUUAUCAUUGUUAUCUUCAAUUGAAUUAUUUCCAAAUUCAAUCUUUUCUACUCAAAUUAUUAAACAAAAAGAAUCAAAUGUUGUUGCAUGUGCUGGUAUUCCUUCAUUUGUUUCAGUAUUCGAUAUUCAACACUGGCUAAAACCAUACCAUGCUCUAAGAUUUUUAAUGUAUCAACCUUCAUUUUGUUCUGCACAAACUCAACGAUGUGGAGUUGUAUUUAUUGAUUUUGACUCUAUAGAAAAUGCAUUAAUUAUGAUUAAAACUCCACAACUUAUAAAUGCCAGAUAUGCUAAAUAUUUUGAUCCACUAAUUUUUAAAUAUCCACCAAGUGGAUAUUCAUAUUGUACAAUGGAAGCAAUAGAAUGGGUUGUUUCAUCAGAACUACACCCGUGUUGUGAAAUUUCAAUAACAAAAUUAACUCAACAAUAA